CUUUGAGCUGCUUAAAGCAGUGCCGACUCAUCACUAAAAAGAUUUCAGCCAAAACUUCGUUUUAUUCUUGUUGAAGGAGAUUCUCGAACUUCACUUUAUCAUUGAGUGGGAAAUUGUUUCUUUAAAAAUUCUGCAAUAUGAUUAUAACUCUGAAAAAUUUACAGCAACAAACUUUUACGGUAGAAAUUGACCCAUCCGAAACGGUAAGGGAACUUAAGAAACAUAUCGAGACUCAAGAAGGCUUUCCUACCGAACAUCAAAAGUUAAUAUAUGCUGGCAAAAUAUUAAUAGAUGACAAACCACUCACGGAGUAUAAUAUCGAUGAAAAGAAAUUUAUAGUUCUUAUGAUUACAAAACCUAAAGCUGGUAGUGGUUCAGCUGCUAGCGAAGAGCACAAUGUUGAAAGCGACAAUAAGGAAGACACAACUACCAGCUCAGCACCACCACCUAGUACAAAUCCUAGCGGUCAAACUGUAUCUCAACCGUCUACAAACGUGCAAGAAUCUACAGUAACGGAACCGGCAGCUGCUGGAGGACAAGCCGAGAGUGCCUUGCUGAUGGGUGAAGAAUACAAUACAAUGGUAAACAAUAUCAUGGAUAUGGGAUACGAGCGAGAACAAGUUGAACAGGCUUUACGAGCGAGCUUCAACAAUCCGGAUAGGGCGGUUGAAUAUCUUCUGACAGGUAUACCUGCGCAACUGUUCGAGGAUCCAUUGGAGGAUCCAGCCGAGGCGCAAGAACAACUUCAAGACCAAGGUCAAGACCCUUUAGCGUUCCUACGAAUGCAACCACAGUUUCAACAAAUGCGCCAAGUUAUUCAACAAAAUCCUCAACUUUUAAAUACCGUGCUCCAGCAAAUAGGACAAACUAAUCCUGCCCUUUUACAGCACAUUUCACAGAAUCAGGAAGCAUUUAUACGUAUGCUGAAUGAGCCAGUAGAAACAACUGGUGGUACAGGCGCACGAGUUAUGCCUGUAUCUGCAGCAGCGGUAGCAUCUGCGGCCGCUUCAGGUGGUCUUUCAGGUGGUGGAUCUAGUACGCGGGCGGCUGUUGAAAUGAUUCAGUUAACACCGCAAGACAGAGAGGCUAUUGAUAGGUUGACGGCAUUAGGAUUUCCAGAACAUCUAGUUGUACAAGCUUACUUCGCAUGUGAAAAAAAUGAGAAUCUUGCUGCUAACUUUUUGCUAUCUCAAAAUCUCGAUGACUGAAGUUAUACAUAUGUAUGAGUUUGAAAUAUCAAUGGACUGAGAAAGGGUGGGUAAUUACAUCAUAACCACUUAUUUUCACAGUAAUUACGAUUGCUUUGUUUGUAAAUAUACGUACAUGUUUAGGAUAUUUUAUUCAUUAUAUACAGGAGAAUUGACAUGUAUACCAACAAGCUAAAUUUUAUGUGAUAUAUUCAUCAAUGUAUCAAAAUGGCUGGAAAUGCAACAAAUCUAAAAUUACACACUGAUAUAAAA